CACGUGACUCUUCUGGAGCCACAGAGCAGCUCGCGCUCCCACCGCAUGCGUGCAUUUCUCUAACGGAGUCUCCAGCUUCAGUCCGAUCAUUUGUUGCUGCUCAGCUAUUAACCCGGUCCUGUUUUCUUUUUUAUCUCCUAUUUUUGACUCAACGCGUUUGCUUUUCCAUUACGGAUUUUGUCCCCCCGCGACCUCCCCCUCUUCCGUCGCUGUGAGAGUGAGUGGAGUCGAAAUGCAGUGGUGACAGAUGCGGAGAAGAAGGUUGCAUUAUUUUUCCACGCUUACACCCUGAGCACACUUUCAUCAGGGUGGUCUUCUGCAUAUGGACCACUGGCACACUGCAUUCUGGCACCGCGGAGUGUACUACUGACAGCAUGCACGCGCUUGGCUGACUGCAUCUGAACCUGUUUGAGACUGUUUGAGUGCUGAACUUGUUGCUGUAGAGCGCAGAACAACAUUUGGGAUACUUUUCUGCAAUUUUUGUUCGUUCUUUUUUUUUAGUUACAGAAAAACAGCAGUCAAUCAAGGAGUACAGGAGUACAUGUCAAGUGCAUGCGCUGUUUUCUUCUUUUGAGCUCGAGCGUAUUUGUAUCGAGGUAAGACUGUUUCCUAUUUACAAGCACUCCAGAUAAAGUGCAAAUGCGUGCAGUUUACUGCACUGCUCACUGAAAAGUGAAAGGGAUUCGCUUUGCGCGCAAACACGCAACUCUCUGGCCUUUAAAGCUGGUCGACUUCUCUCCUUCAGUCUGCUUAUAGAAUUUGCGAGACGCGUAUAGUUUGCGUCUGAUCUACAGAUGUCCGUUUACUCUGUCGUGCAUCUCUGAGCGGGAAACUGAGCGUCGAGUCAACCCAAGUUGGACGAGCUUGCGCUACAGCUUGCGAGGUCAGCAUGGCGGCCGGAGUGGCAGCAUGGAUACCCUUCGCGCGUGCCGCGGCUAUAGGAUGGAUGCCGGUAGCGAGCGCUCCUAUGCCCGCUCCACCACGGGACAAGAGGCGCGCGCAGGACGGUCUGAUCAUCCUAAACGUGAGCGGCAGUAAGUUUCAGACGUGGCGGAACACGUUGGAGCGCUACCCGGACACACUUCUGGGCAGCACGGAGCGCGACUUCUUUUACCACGAGGAGACCAAUGAAUACUUCUUCGACCGCGAUCCGGAUAUCUUCCGGCACAUUUUGAAUUUUUACCGCACCGGGAAGCUGCACUACCCGCGCCACGAGUGCAUCUCCGCGUACGAUGAGGAGCUAGCCUUCUUCGGGAUCAUCCCCGAGAUUAUUGGAGACUGUUGCUAUGAAGAGUAUAAAGACCGACGGAGAGAGAACGCCGAGCGGAUUCAAGACGACGAGGACACCGAUAACAACAAAGACCUCGUGCCGCCGGACAUGACGUUCCGCGAAUCCAUGUGGCGCGCGUUUGAGAACCCGCACACCAGCACCAUGGCCUUGGUGUUCUACUAUGUGACAGGUUUCUUCAUCGCUGUGUCGGUCAUGGCCAAUGUGGUGGAGACGGUGCCGUGCGGCACGAUGCCGAACCGCGCCAAGGAAGUAUCCUGCGGUGAACGUUACGCGCUCGCCUUCUUCUGCCUGGACACGGCCUGUGUCAUGAUCUUCACCGUGGAGUACCUGUUGCGCCUGAUCGCCGCACCAAGCAGGUACAAGUUUGUCAAGAGCGUAAUGAGCAUCAUCGACGUGGUGGCUAUCAUGCCUUACUACAUCGGCCUGGUCAUGACGGACAACGAGGACGUGAGCGGCGCCUUCGUCACCCUCAGGGUCUUCCGAGUGUUUCGGAUUUUCAAGUUCUCGCGCCAUUCGGCCGGCCUGCGCAUUUUGGGUUACACACUGAAGAGCUGCGCCUCUGAGCUGGGAUUCCUCCUGUUCUCCCUCACCAUGGCCAUCAUUAUCUUCGCCACCGUUAUGUUCUACGCGGAGAAAGGUUCCAACUCGAGCAAGUUCACCAGCAUCCCAGCGGCCUUCUGGUACACCAUCGUCACCAUGACCACUCUGGGGUAUGGUGACAUGGUCCCGAAGACAAUUAUGGGCAAGAUUUUUGGCUCCGUCUGCUCCCUCAGUGGCGUGUUAGUGAUCGCUCUGCCCGUGCCCGUCAUCGUGUCUAACUUCAGCCGCAUCUACCAUCAGAGUCAGCGUGCAGAGAAACGCCGUGCCCAAAAGAAAACCAGGCUUGCUAGAAUUCGCGCCACGAAGAGCUGGGGUGCUAACGCUUAUUUGCAGUACAAACGCAAUGGGCUGCUGGUCAACGACGAGGAGGAGGCUUCAAAGGAGGCAGGGAAGGCGCUGGUUUGCAAGACUAAUCCUACGUUUGAGAUUCAGCAUCACCACCUCCUACACUGUCUGGAAAAGACUACGAAUCACGAGUUUGUGGAUGAGAAUACAUACGAGACGAGUUGCAUGGAGGUGUCCAUGGUGAAGCCGUCCACCUCACGCUCCUCUUCGCUCUCCUCCUCUCCUCAUGGCCUGACCUGUUGCUCCCGCCGCAACAAGCGCAAGAGCUUCAACGUGCCCAACUCCAACAUGGUUGCCAAUCGCCGCGGCAGCGUGCAGGAGCUCAGCACCAUCCAGAUCAGAGAGAGGCCGAUCAGUAACAACCGUUCCAGUCUGAACGCGAAGUUCGAGGAGACGGUGCUGUUGAACUCGGAGCAGCAUCCCUACAUCACGGCGGCGGUCAUCAGCAUGCCAACUCCGCCCGUCACCACACCAGAGGGCGGGGACUUGGCCAGAUCUCCUGACUUCUUGCAGAGCAACAUUGUCCGCGUAUCAGCUCUAUAGACCUACAUUAAGAGCAAUCAGCCCGGUCGUUUAUUUUUUCCCUCUUUCAUUCAGCAAGCGGAUGCUGGAGGACAAGGGGAUUGAAGAGAUAGAGAGCAUCCUCUGGUGGAUAGGAGGACGCACUGCAGAGUCCAGGGCCACAAUCAGAACCCUUUAUUUCAGCCCCUCUUCUUUGCGCUUGGACACGAGAGCCGUCUGGGCUUGUAAUGCUGAGCACUGGGGCUAACCAGUGUUUUACCCGCAGAGAGGGACCAUAAAUAAUGACCAUAAUUUCCAUGCUUGUUACAAUUUUUGAAGUAUUGUGUGUCUUUACAUUUGUCGUCUUAAACUUGGUAGUGCACAGAAUUAGGUGAAGUGGAGGAUGCAACAGAAAUUCGGUGCAUAUUUGGGUAUUUUUCGGGUGUUCAUUAGGUAUUGGGUGUCUUUCUGGGGACCUAGUUUUACUCGAGGCUAUUUACCGUGCUUCUAGAGCAAUCUACUAAAACAGAGCUCCUUUUGAUAUUUGACACUACAAGAAAAAUCGAGGUUUUUAAGGUUGUGCGUGUGAUUGUGCGAUUGUGCGUGUGGGUGCAUUUAAGGCUAACCUUUUUUGCAUGUUCUGCAUUCGUGUGUCUGUGUCCUUUCGUUUGUUUGGCAUGAGCAAUAAGGGUUUUUUUUGUCUGUAUAUUUUAUUUCUGAACACGUCACUACCUUUUUAAGCAUCUAAAAUGAUCAAAAGUCAAUUCUGUGCACAUGCAGACUGAACGUGACUUUUUCACUCACUGUAAUAAUUUAGCCCUCUCUUAAGACCUGGCCUAAAAGGGUUUAAUGGAUCAUAUAUUUAAAAAAUGAAGAAGAAGAAGAAGAAGAAGGAGAAGAAGAAGAAGAAGUGGGGGAACAGCAGUGUGUCUCAUACAUUAUGAGAAUCUCCAGACAGUAAAAUGCUUCUUUGAUAUCACACGUGAUAUUCCCUCAUCCCUUUGUAGAAAAUAUUUAUUUUAUUCUUAACGUCAAGUUCUGAAUGUAAUUUAAAUGUUUUUUUUUCUUUCAGUGUCCCAAGACUGUGCAUGAUGUUUUAAAGAAUAUGGGAUAUGGACCAACAAGGCCACCGUACCCCAAUGUGUUUUUAUGUUGGAGAGUUUGUCUUUCCGUUCCUCUCAAUGUACGUCUGAAUGAACCAUCUGAGCAGCAAAUUCCACCUCCAUCUGAACCCAGUACUAAUUCAACAAGACAUAGCCAUAACACAAGCCCUGAAUAAAAUACAUGUGGUGACAAAUUCAUGCCCAAUAAUAGGACGGCGUCCUACAUCGUGAGCUUCUCACCAGAUUAUUUUAUCAGUGCUAUAAUCAUACCACUCCCACACACUGUCGAAUAUCAAAGGGAAAGUAUGAAUAAUGGCUUCUCUGAGUCAGAGAGAUGUAUUAGUCAUCACCACGCACCGUCUCUGUCUCGAAUUAGCAAGAAAUUUGCAUAUAAUUUGAAAAGAUUAUUUUAUUCUUGCACUUUUCACUAAGGCCAGAGUGUUUUCUUGUGCAGAGGAGUCUAUUAAAAUAGCCUAAACCGUACAAAUACACACAUCAGCACUCACUUCCAUUAUUGCUUGACCAUGUGACUUAUGCAACAAGGUUCUUUUUGUAAAGAUACACUUUGUAUUAAAGGGGAUAUCGACUGGGGGUAUAGAAUCACAAAAAUACAUAUUUUUAAAAAUCAGAUGGUGUCGAUUAUAAAUUGUAAAUGUUAUUUCAGUUGUACAAAAGAGAAUUUAAAAAAAGAAAAAAAAAAAGAACUACGAGAGACUUGCUAGUGCACCUGUGUUGUAAAUUUGUUCUUUGGUGUAGUAAAUAUAUAUUUAUCUGAGUUCCUUGUUUUAUCGUAUUCUUCCAAGAAGGCUCACUUCCUUGAGUUACAGGAUGAUGGACUGUAUAGCUGUAUCAUUUGUUUUUCCUUUUCAAUUUGGAAGUGGAGGACAAACGCGGUGCAUGUGGUCAAGGAAGACGUGAUCAUGGAGAUAGCCAUGGUGUUCAUUUCAAACUCCAGGGAACUUUGUUUUUAAUACCAAUAAGACAUUUACGUCCUGUUUGUGAAAUAACACGAAUCAACAGAAAUUUCCCAAAUGGUGAUGGCUUUGAAUUCAUUUAUAUUUGUUCCCGCUUGUGUUAUAGACAAUAUAAUAUAUUGAAAAGCUAUUUAAAAAAAUGUUUAAAAAAACAAAAACAAACAAAAAAACAACAACAAUGCAAUUGUUUAGUCCGGUGCAGUGUCUAAGAAUAAAUAGAAAUAAAUCUUUGUUCCAUUAAAAGACAGAUAACAAAAGGCUGUUUUGUGUUAUUUUUGUCACAUAUUGAUUCAAUAUUGGUCCAUCC